AUGGUUCGCUGCGGCUCGGUGGCGAGCUUGCUCUCGCUUCCGCUCUUGACCGAGGCCUUCCAAGGACUGCCGGUGCCGGUCAGCGUGCUCCGCAAGCAGGUGAAGUCUCCCAGCGGCCUAUCCGUGCAGGAGACCGACGAAGUUGCUGCGACAUACCCUGCCUAUACCAUUUCCACGCCCAUCGAUCACUUCCACAAUGACUCGAUCUACGAGCCGCAUUCCGACGGAUAUUACGACAUGAGGUACUGGUUCGAUGCGCAAUACUACGAAGAGGGUGGUCCAGUCAUUGUCCUGGCAGCUGGAGAGACCUCUGGCGCAAACCGUUUGCCGUUCUUGCAGAAGGGCAUCGUAGCACAGCUCGCCAGUGCGACCAAGGGCAUUGGAGUGAUCUUGGAGCACCGGUAUUAUGGAGAGAGCUGGCCUGUGCCAGAUCUCUCCACGCCCAACUUGCGCUUCCUCACCACUGACCAGGCAUUGGCCGACACGGCCUACUUCGCCCAGAACGUCAAGUUUGAAGGCCUGGAAGAUUACGACCUCAGCCCCAAUAACACGGCGUAUAUUGCGUACGGUGGUUCUUACGCCGGUGCCUUCGUAGCCAUACUGCGGAAGCUGUACCCCGACAUCUACUACGGGGCAAUUUCCUCCUCCGGGGUGACCGAGGCCAUCUAUGACUACUGGCAGUACUUUGAGGCUGCGCGCAUCUUUGGUCCUCCAGCCUGCAUUGAGGCGACUCAGAAGGUAACCAAUGUGGUCGAUAACAUCUUGAUUGGCCACAAUGGCAGCGACUAUGUGACCGAACUGAAGAAGGCAUUCGGCCUUGGGGGUGUCAAAUCCAACCCCGACUUCGCCAAUGCAUUGACCGGCGGUAUCAGUGGUCUCCAAAGCUAUAACUGGGACCCCACGCAGAGCAGUGAUGAGUUCUUCGUCUACUGCGAUAUCGUUGGCAAUGAUACGGUCUACUAUCCCGAUACAGAGUCGCUUAGGCCGACUGUCGAGAAACUCAUCUCUGUCGGUGGAUGGGAGAACGAAACGAGCACACUGACAAACCACUUUUUGAACUACAUUGGCUAUGUUCGAGACACCAGAGUUGCCAGCUGUGACGGUGAUCAAGAGGAAUGCUUCAGCACAAGCGACCCCGACUUCUAUGCCCAGACUGCCAUAACGCAAACUUGGAAGUCUUGGCCUUACCAGUACUGUACGCAAUGGGGAUAUCUUGCGACUGGCAGCGGAGUCCCGGCCGGCCAGCUACCGCUGAUCUCGCGCACGAUUGACAUCCCCUACAAUGCCGCCAUCUGCGCCCAAGCCUUCAAUAUAACUACUCCCUCUGAUGUGGAGGCUAUCAACAAAUACGGCGGCUUCAACUUGAGCUAUCCUCGGCUGGCUUUCAUCGAUGGUGAAUGGGACCCUUGGCGUGCAGCAACUCCCCAUGCUCUUGAGGUCCCUGAGCGGCCUGACACCAUCGACGAGCCUUUCAGGUUGAUCGCAAAAGCUGUCCAUCACUGGGAUGAGAAUGGCCUGUUCCCCAACGAAACAACGGCAGACCUACCGCCCACGGCGGUAAAGGAGGUCCAGCAGUACGAGGCCGUCUUCGUACAGGAGUGGCUGAAGGAGUGGAAUGCAAAGAGUGCGAAAGGUGGACUGCCAUAA